AAAACAAAGGCAGAUUUAUGCCCUAAUUGAAAGAAAAUAUAAAUGAAUAAACAAAGAAGGAAGUACUUCAUAACGUGAGGAAAACAAGAAAGAAGAAAGGGAAAGCGCAAGACAACCAGAAAAGGAGAUGUAAGUCCAUUACAGGUGUGGCUGCAAAGACUACAGACGACUCAACCAUCGGCAGCAAGAUCAAGCAGUUGGCGGGCAGGCGAUCGACUUCUCGCUCCCCUGCACCACAACAAACACCACAAGAGCCAAGCGGUGGUGGUGCCACACUCUGUGCCUGGCUGCCUGCACACUGCUGUCUGUCAUGCAACCUCAGUCCCCGCCAGGCCCGCCAGCACCAACGACAGACAAGCACCCUCCCAUCGUCUCCACCGCCAGGCCAAUGCAGAAGUCAGCAGGCCUCCCUGGCCGCCCCCGAACACUCAUCAUCAUCAUCAGACCGGCCUCCCAGAAUCAGAGCUUCCCAGCAGGAUGGACCGUACCGUGUGAUGCUGGGACCAAUGCUGCAGUGGAGGCUGUGGGGCCAGGCAGCAUCGUGAUUGGCAAGCAGCAGUCUGCCUCGGGUGUGGAGAGCCAGGAGAGGCAUGGGCUUGGGGGCAUUGAUCACCAACAGGAGCAGGAGGCAGACAGCUCUGGCCACAGAGGAGAGGCCAAGUUUGAGUGUGAGCAGUGUGGUAAAACCUUUCAGUGUAGGUCUUUGCUGCAGUUCCACACCAUAAAACACCAUAGUAUCAAAAACCAUGAGUGUGAAAAGUGUGGCAAGAAAUUUUUCACAAGGUCUGAGGUCAGGAAACACAUCGUAAUACACAGCGGUGUCAAGCCUUAUGGGUGUGAACAGUGUUCAAAGAAAUUCUACCGAAAAUGCAGCCUUAAUGCACAUGUUCUGACACACACUGAAGGCAGGAAAUACGAGUGUGAAGAGUGUGGCAUGAAGUUCUUCCAGAAGCACAGCCUCAUCAGACACAAGCUGACACACAGCAGUGACGCUCAGCAUGAGUGUGAGGUGUGUGGGAAGAAAUUUAACCAAAAAAAUUACGUCACCAGACACAUGCAAACGACACACGGUGGUGUCAAAAAUCACGAGUGUGAGAUUUGUGGGAAAAGAUUUGUCCUAAAAGGUAACUUGGCCAAACACAACCUGCUGGUACACAGUGGCAUCAAGAAUUAUGAGUGUCAAGAGUGUGGAAAGAAAUUUGCCUUAAAGCGUCAGCUCAGCAUACACUCCCUGACUCACAGUGGCAUCAAGAACUAUGAGUGUCAAGUGUGUGGAGGGAAGUAUGCCACAAAAUCUCAGUUGUCAAUACACACCCUGAAACACAAUGGGGUCAAGAAUUAUGAGUGUGAGGAGUGUGGCAUGAGGUUUACCACCGGUACUGAACGCAACAAACACGCCUUCAGACACACUGGCUUGAGGAACUUCAAGUGUGAUGUGUGUGGCAAGUGUUUCAAGGAAAAGCGGGACAUUUUUAGACACAUGAAGAUCCACUUUGGAGAUGGCUAGCCCUUUGCCUGUGGUGGUGGUGGUGGUGGCGGUGAUAGUAGCAGUAAUAGUGGCUGCAGCAUUUAUGUUGGCAGCACAUUUGUAACCCAAUAAAUAUGUAUGUUGAA